CUCCCAUCAAUUGCAUAUAUCUCCCCACUUCUACUACUACACAAUACUCCUACCCCAUCACACACAUCAACACACCCCUCAACUUCUCAUGGCCACCAAUUCCCUCCACCACCAUAGCCACUCACUUCUCAACCUCCAAACUUCAGAAACUCCUCUUUUCCUCAAACCAACCACCACCAUCUCCACCGCCACCGCCGCCACCAAAUCUCUCUCCCUCUCCAUUUCCUCCACCACAACCGCCACUUUCUCCAUCUCCCCCACCACUUCCACCACCACUCCAUCAACUUCACAAACUUUCUCCCUCGACCUACUCCAACACCACCUCUCCACCCAGAACUUCCGGGAAGCCGACGAAGAAACCCGCCGCCUUAUCAUAGUUCUCGCCGGAGAAGCAGCUCAAAAGAGAGGGUACGUGUUCUUCUCGGAGGUAAAGUUUAUAUCCAAAGAUGACCUUAUAGCCAUUGAUGAACUGUGGAAAAAGUACAGCGAUAACAAAUUUGGUUACAGUGUUCAAAAGAAAAUAUGGCAGCAGAAGUCCAAGAAAGAUUUCAGCAAGUUUUUUGUGAAUGUUGGGUGGAUGAAAAAGCUUGAUACUGAGGUUUUGCAGUAUAAUUAUAAAUCUUUUCCCAGUGAGUUUAUUUGGGAGCUGAAUGAUGAGACACCACAAGGUCAUUUGCCAUUGACAAAUGCACUGAGAGGAACUCAGCUUCUGAAUUGCAUUUUUACCCAUCCGGCUUUUGAUGCUGAAGAAGAUGAAGAAGCAGUUGAAGGUAGUGGAAAUGAUAAUGGAAAUGGAGGGAUUAAAGGGUUGAAGCCAUUGACUCAAAGAGUAUUUAAAUCAGAUUAUAGCUUUUGAGUUCAGGAAUUGUAUACAGAAAAUUAGAACAAAAAAAUGAAAAUUUGGAAUUUGGGCUUUUAAUAUAUGCAAUCAAAGUUGUUGAUGGA